UAAACAGGUUAGAUCGCUUUUCGUUAACAAUUAUCCCUUCAGUUCGCUCACAAACCAUUAAUUAAACCGGUCGCAAUGCGGUUUAUUCUCGUCCCUUUCAAACGUCUGCUCAAAAAUUUCUCAAAAGUUCCUCUAUGUAACACAAAUAUUUUAAACGUAUGCUCACAUGGAUAACCAUCUUGCAAGCAAGCCAGAGAACAAAACAAAACAACACACGCGACAGCAACGCUCCCUAGUCCGCCAUUUUGUUAUGUUACAAGUCACACGAGUCAACGAAUGUUUUGGAUGAACAGUCGCUGGUAUCACGUACGCUCCACGGAGCGAAAUCUUCGGCAAAAUUUCUUUGCAGUAUUUAUGCGAGGCGUCGACAUGUCGAAAUGUCGUCUCGUCGUGUCCCACUGUUCGCACACAUUUCUUUACUUAUGGUGAACCGACUGUCAUGUUGACUGACGUAGUGUGGCAUUUCCUGAUAUCUCGUGUAUUUCCAACGUCGCCGCGAGACGUCUUCUCGUUUGACAGAUUGUCGGUGUGUGUAUGCGUCCGUUCCACGUGAAUUCUUUGUUGGGCGCCGGUCAUGUUUUUGACAAGUAUCGGAAUCGCGAGGUAGUAGCCGUAUAUCUGUUGCAUGGGUGGCCCCCCAUCUGUAAUGGCUGGGAAAGAUGGGAAACUGGAGUCAAAAGAUGGGGAUGUUAUUCGGCAAGGAUUCAUGAUAAAACGGUCCCAAAACAAGAAGCGCUUUACACCAGUCAAUUACAAGCAACGGUGGUUUGUGCUAACCAAACGUUACCUUGUUUACUAUGAUGGAGAUGGUGAGCGCCGUAAGGAACGCGGCAGGAUCGCCGUGGAGAGCGUCCACGUGGUGGAAACGGCGAGCCUCGGGAAUAAUAGCGCCGGUGGCGGAGGUGGCAUCGGCGGCGACGUGGCGGCCGGCGAUGCGGGCGGCGGAGGCGGCGGGAUACCAUCCGGGCUGCCGUUCCAAGUAGGAUACCGGGAAGCUGGUCAAGAGUACACGCUCUAUCUUCUCGCCGCGCGCGAGCAGGAUCGCGCCGAAUGGAUACGCGCCAUACGUGCGGUGUGCAGUGAAAAUCCGGGCUUGAGCGGACGCUACCACGCGGGCCUGUGGAGCGGCAAACGCUGGUCCUGCUGCCGAUUAUCGACACGUUCCGCCGAGGGCUGCGACACCUGCAGCUCCUGGUCGUCGAAGCCGCCGGCGAACGCUACGAAUCCGUCCUCAACGUCCUCCACCUCGGCGACAUCGACCUCCGUGUUCGGCAGUACCAACAACAGCGUCUCGACCACCACUGUCGCGUCCGACCGCGUGCAACCGACGAACGCCGAGGCGAACAACAAUCCGAUAGUCCAGCCCCAGACACGCUCAACGAUCGGAACGCCCUCGACUCCGGUAAUACCAGGCGGCACACCCGGCACACCAUCCUCUAAGGCGAAGGAAAAGAUAAUGCUGCGGGCGAAAGUCGUGGUGGCACUGUAUCCUUUCCGAGCCAUCGAGGGCGGCGAUCUGUCUCUCGAGAAGGGCGCGGAGUACGAGGUCCUGGACGACUCCCAGGAGCAUUGGUGGAAAGUUAAAGACGAGAAUGGAUCGAUCGGCUAUAUUCCCAGCAACUACGUCAAGGAGAAGGAACUGCUGGGGCUACAGAAAUACGAAUGGUACGUGGGCGAUAUGUCGAGACAACGCGCCGAAUCGCUGCUGAAGCAAGAGGACAAGGAGGGCUGUUUCGUUGUCCGUAAUUCCUCGACCAAAGGACUCUACACACUCUCCCUUUAUACUAAAGUGCCACACCCCCACGUGAAGCAUUACCAUAUCAAACAGAACACCCGCGGCGAGUUUUAUCUGUCGGAAAAGCACUGCUGCGGCUCCAUUCCCGAUCUGGUGAAUUACCAUAGACAUAAUAGCGGCGGCCUGGCCAGCCGACUGAAGACCAGCCCCUGCGAUCGCCCUGUACCGCCGACCGCCGGCCUCAGUCAUGACAAAUGGGAGAUCGACCCGGCGGAAUUGCAUUUACUGGAGGAGCUUGGGUCCGGCCAAUUUGGAGUUGUGCGGAGAGGAAAGUGGCGCGGCUCCAUCGACGUUGCUGUGAAAAUGAUGAAAGAGGGAACCAUGUCCGAGGACGACUUUAUAGAAGAAGCUAAAGUAAUGACAAAAUUGCAACAUCAAAACCUAGUCCAGUUGUACGGCGUCUGCAGCAAGGAUAGACCGAUAUACAUCGUCACCGAGUACAUGCGACAUGGAUCCCUGCUCAACUACCUCCGCCGUCACGAAGCCUCGUUAGGCGCAAACGUUGGCCUCUUAUUAGACAUGUGUAUACAGGUUUGCAAAGGAAUGGCGUAUUUAGAGAGGCAUAACUAUAUACACAGAGAUCUUGCCGCACGUAAUUGCCUGGUGGGGUCGGAAAACGUAGUCAAGGUCGCCGAUUUCGGUUUAGCUAGGUACGUGCUGGACGAUCAGUACACCAGUAGCGGGGGCACUAAAUUUCCUAUCAAAUGGGCGCCGCCAGAGGUACUGAAUUAUACACGCUUCAGUUCGAAGUCGGACGUGUGGGCGUACGGAGUGCUCAUGUGGGAAGUGUUCACGUGUGGAAAGAUGCCUUACGGUCGCCUAAAGAACACGGAGGUGGUCGAGCGGGUACAGCGGGGGAUUAUUCUGGAACGACCUAAAGCUUGCUUCAAGGAGGUGUAUGAGGUGAUGCGCAAGUGUUGGGCGCACGGUCCUGAGUCGCGACCGUCCUUCCGCGUCUUAAAAGAGCAGCUGAUCAGCGUCUCUCAAGGUUUAGUUAACGAUUGACUCAACCUUUUGCGGUGUAUGCGCCUGUCCUCGCCCUCCUGCCGCUCGAUCCAACAACCGGCGUCCAAGUCACCGUCGUCGGAGCGAUCGCCUUCCACAUUACCCUCAUCGAACUUGUCGUAUAAUUCAGCAACAUUGCCGUCGUCGCGCAAGAUACGCGCGCCCGCGUCCCCGCCUUCCUCAGCAGUCGAUUUCCUUCAUUUCUCGUCGACCACGUGCAAAUCAAAAGGAGAGGGCUCGUCGUCGCCGAGUACACCCGGGCACCAAACUAGUCAACAACCAUCCUCGAGCUCGACUAACGUGUGUGACGUAUGCAGUUCCUACGGACAUCCGUGGAUCGAAAUCUGCAAGGCGAUACGAGCCACUAGAGGUAAAUGAGCAGCAGCGUAUGUGCGUGAGUGUGUGUUUGUGUAGAUGUGUGUAUGUGUGCGUGUGAGUGUGUGUGGCACGUACGCGUGUGUACGUGCGCACAUGUAAUUGAAUUUAUACUACUGUAUUUUCGCGGCUUUACGACGUUACAACCGUACUGUAAUACGGAGAUGUGUGGUUCCAAGCCUUUUUUCCUCUUUUGCUCCCCCUCCUCCUCCCGUCUUCCCCGCAGUCCUGUCCCUUACUCCGCUCCCCUUCCCCAUGCCCGCGUAAAGGCAAUACUCAUCCCUCUCGUUUAUCCCCACUUUUAUCCUCUGAAUAUGCCGGAACACGAUGUUCCGGACAUUUCCGCGACUACGUCUGACACCGAGAUGCGUGAUAUUUUAUCGUGUGUUUCACAUACUAUUUUUCCCAUAUAAUUUUUAGACUUUACUCUGUAUCGUCAUAAAUACAUUUAUAAAUAGAACAAUAGUAUUUAUUGAUGGCCUUUUGCAAACAAGCGCAAUAUUCCAAUUGUGAUUCCGUCUCUAGAAAGAGAGAGAGAGAGAGAGAGAGUAGCGUUUCUUUUUCUAUUAUUGAUCUUGACAGGCGGUAAUACGAUUUUGGAAUCGGAGGUGUUGUCUCUGCUUAAUAAACCGAUUUAAUAAA